AUGGGCUUGAGGGUUACAUCAAUUUUCUUCAUUUUCAUGAUUUUAUCAUUAACAGCACUGCCGCCGUCGUAUGCUUGUGGUUACUGCGAAAAUCCACCCUACCACCAUCCCCGCCCGCCGCUGACCCGCCACCCACCACAACUUGGAACUGGACGACCAAUAGUACCUCCACCUUGCAACAAUCCGGUUAUAAAUCCUCCAGAGACUAUCCCCCCACCUUACAUUGGCAACCCUCCUUCAGAUGGUAAUGGUGGGAAUUAUGGAGGUGGAGGUGGUGGUGGAGGUGGAGGUGGAGGUGGAGGUGGUGGCGGUGGCGGUGGCGGUGGCGGUGGCGGUGGUGGUGGUGGUGGUCGACCAGGGAUCUGCCCACCUCCAUCAACUUCCUUUACUUGUCCUAUCAAUGUACUGAAACUAGGAUUGUGUGUGGAUAUUCUUGGAGGGUUGGUGCAUAUUGGAUUGGGGAACCCAGUUGAGAACGCCUGCUGUCCAGUGAUUCAAGGUUUGCUAGAGCUCGAAGCAGCUAUCUGUCUCUGUACGAGUAUAAGACUUAAGCUUCUGAACCUCAACAUUUUCCUUCCUCUCGCUCUUCAAGUUCUCAUAACAUGUGGGAAGAAUCCUCCACCUGAGUUUAUGUGUCCUCCACUACCAUAACUUGUUACCCAUUCCUUUAGUCCAGUAGUCAUGUAUGCAUUGGAUGUUUGUUUUGUUCUUAGUGUUCUAGGAUCUUGGUCAUUUCUUUUUUUUGUAGGUUUUGUUCCACUUGAAAAACAAAAUGUUGUUAGGGUUUUGUUUUUU